AUGAAUUUCAGGGAUUACGUCCAGAAAGAAUAUCAAGAAGAUGAUCCAGAAGUUCGUGAAGGAUUUGAAGAAAGUCAAAAACAUCCUCCUGUAUCUGUGGACAAAGAUCAUGAAAUUGAGGCCGUGGUUUGCAUGUUAAAAGAGGCUGAAGCAGUUACUCUUGCUGUGUUUGAAUCUUUGUUGCCCUAUAUCGGAGGGAAGAGUGUGCAUUCAACGGAAAGAGGCAGGUCUUUGGUUUCCAGGAUGAUGCAAAACAGAAAUGUUGCAUGCCAAGAAGAGGAAACGCAAGGAAAUGAGUUUGAGAAGGUGGAUGCUGCAUGGGGUUCACUCAUUAGUAAGAAGGCAGGCAAUUUUGAUGAGGUUAUGAGUCAAGUAGCCGAGAUGAAGUGA